GGGGCCUCAGAAGGGGUGGAGCCUUGUCAAAGGGGCGAGGGUGGGGCAAGGGUGUUCAGUUUUGGGCAAUUAUAAAGUUGGCAAGCCUAGCUCUAGCUGUCUCGACCCUCUGCGCCUAUCUGUUCAAAAAUAUUGGCUUUGCAGCAUGCCCUGAAGGCAAUAAAUGAGUGAAUUCCAAAGUUGGGGCGGGGAAGCCCUCAUAAAACCUGUACCCCUGUUCCUUCUACCUACAAAGAGAAUUUCCAUGCAAGAGUUCUCUUAAUUACAUUUGUGGCAGGAUCGCAUAAGGAGAGAGGCAGUCUCUCCCUCUAGAUUAUUAAAUGUUUAAAGAAAGUUUCUCAGGUUAUAAACAUGAAUGUUUAUUAAGCUAUUAACACACUCCAACUAUCCUCUGGCAGGAACAUUCUCUACACAAGAGCAAAGAACCACUUAGGUAGCUUAAGCUGAGCCACCAAAAAGUAAGGCUCACAAAAUUAAUGGACUUUAAAACAUUUUGGUCCCUAGACCACUAGUUAUAAGUCUUGUAAGUGUGUGUGGAAUAAAGAAGCUAUGAAAAAGAAACUUGUACUUGCUCCUUUUUUAAUUGAAUGAGGGAGAAAAGUUUAGUACAAAAAAGGAAGCAUACCGCUGUGAACAUUACAAACUACAGCACAUGGCCUCUUUCCUGCACCAAGCCAGAGUAAAAGGGCUUAACAAAGGUGCUUUAUCGGAGGAUGUAAUCCUGCCCCUCUUGUCUUCCCAAAACUGUGCUAUGUGGCACUUCUGCAGUCCUACACUUGCAGUAGCCAUGGUGCCAGCUGUACUAUUCCCAGCCCCCACCACUCUUUUCAGGACACGGAAUGGGUUGGGUAGUGGAGCUGGGUAGUUUAGGUUUUGCUAGUUAUCAGACUGUGUGCUUGCUGGUAGGGGAGAAGUUAACCCUUAAGUAUUCAGAAAAGUCUUCAUUGUCUAUAUCUUGCCAUAAAAUAGCUAUGUGAUGUAUUUUUUCUAUUAAAUAGUAGCCAGAGGAAAACACCAAUUUUUUUAAUUCCCCACCCACAAAACCUUUUUUAAAAAGUCUCUGUUUCCCAGUAAGAUGUAUUUCCCACCUUUUCUAUGACCGCUCAAUUUAAUAGAAGUUUUGGGUGUUCCUUGGGACUUUAGUGCAAUUGAGAUUUACCUGCAUUUUUACAAAAGACUCAUUUAUAGUAAGACAGCACAAAACAAUGUAAAAGAUAGUGUUCAUGCUUAAAAAUCAAUGGAUGAAAAUUAAUUGUUGCUAACUCUGAUGAUUUUAUUGCCAGUCUCACAAUAUUUGAUACUUUUCUGAAAAUCUCAGUUCUUGCAGUCAUGAGAACCUGAGCUUUCAUUUAAAAAAGAAAGAAGUUUCUACUCCUCAUGGUUAGGACCCUGUGUAAAUCACAGUUUAUUUUUAGAAAAUACAUGGCAGUGUAAAUAGCAAAGUAUUGAAUUUCAGAGUUUGCAUUGAAUGAAUUUUACAAGUAAUGUUGGUCAAUUUCAAGGACGGAAUGAAUUUUACAAGUAAUCAUAUGUCCUAAACUGACUUAAUUGAGGUGUAAAAUUCAUUUUGUCCUUGAAAUUGACUAGCUAAGUUAAUUUUUUUGUAUGAAAGACUGUGGUAGGCAUUUUCCUUUUCAAAAGGAAAAUAUUUAAAAUCAUGGUGUGGGGACAUUUUCAUGAUUUCCAUGCCCUUUGUGAAAUUGUGAUUUACAUAAGGUCCUACUUGGGGUUGGGAAGAAGAGCUUGAAAAUGUAAACCCUAAAGACUUAAAAGCAAGACAGCAACUAAAGAGACCAUCAAAUGUAUUAACUUUAAAGAUGUCUCAUGAUCUUUAAACCAAUCUUAUGCUUUUUUGCCAGAUUCAUGGUUGGUGAAUAUGUGGAGCUGGCAAUGCUGAAAUUGAGAUUCUUGAGUUUGUGAUAGCAAAUAAGUAAUGCCAGUGAAGCAAAUAUGAAUGAAGACUUAAGAGAAAGUACACAGGAGAAACAGAAUAUAAAAGUUAUAUAUCCUUCCUUAGAAUGAAAGUGCAGCUACAGCAGGUUUCUGAGAAGCGAAACAUACUAGGAAGUGAUUCCGGGAUUGGACAUGCAUUGGCAAAGUACUUUGACAAUUUAGGAUUUGUUGUAUUUGCUAGUGUCUUGAAUAAAAAAGGACCUGGGGCUGAAGAAUUAAAAAGAAGCUGUUCCGAGAGACUUUGUGUCCUGCAGCUGGAUAUAACCAGUUCUUCACAAAUUAAGGAAGCCUAUCUUAACAUUUCAGAGAUGGUGCAAAAUACAGGGUUAUGGGGUGUUGUCAACAAUGCUGGAAUCCUGGGGUUUACUGCAGAUGGUGAGCUGCUGCCCAUGAGUGUGUACAAGCAGUGUAUGGAUGUGAAUUUCUUUGGGCAUGUAGAGGUGACCAAAAUGUUCUUACCGUUACUUCGGAAAUCCAAAGGAAGGCUAAUUAAUAUAUCAAGUAUGGCAGGAGGCAUUCCGAUGCCAAGAUUUGCCGCAUAUGGUGCAUCAAAAGCCGCUCUGUCCAUGUUUUCUGGAGUAAUGAGGCAGGAGCUUGCCAAAUGGGGAAUUAAAGUUGCUGCAGUUCAUCCAGCAGGCUUCAGAACGUGCAUCCAAGGUACAUCUGAGCUGUGGGCUAAGCAAGAAAAGCAUCUUCUGGAGAAUCUCACACCAGAUGUGAAGAAAGAUUAUGGUGAAGACUACAUUCAAGCACUGAAAAAUUUCCUCCUGGACAUGCCAGUUCAUUGUGACUCUGACCUCUCUCCAGUACUAGAUGAUGUUCUCCAUGCUUUAUUGGCAAAGAGUCCACAUGGUUUAUACACUCCAGGCAAAAGUGCUUACCUAAGUCUAUGUACCUUUUGCUAUUUUCCUCUCUGGUUUUAUGAUUUUUUCAUGGGUAAGAUGCAAAGUACCAAGAGUGUACCCAGCGCGUUAAAGGCAUCAGAGGCCAAAAACAAGAACACGUAGGCAGAGUAUGGAAUUCAAUCAGCAUUUUAAAUUACACCGUGAGACCAGGGCAAGGUUUUGUGUGAAGACAGCGUUUGCUACAUUGUAAUUUACUGGGGCCCUUUGCUCACCAAGUUGCAUUCCAGCUGCUGGGCAACUGGGUUAAUCUUGAAGCUUUGUGUAUUUUAGGCCUUGUCUAUGUGGUGAUGGUGGUGCGGGGGGAGAUUGAUCUAAAUUAUGCAACUUCAGCUAAAUGAAUAACUUAGAUCUACUUACCACAGGGUCCACACUAUGCUAUGUUGACUGGUGACUCUCUCCUGUCAACUCCCCUUGCGCUUCUUAUUCAGGUGGAACACAGGAGUCGACAGGAGCAUGAUCAGUGGUCGAUUUACCUGUUAAAUCGACUGCCGAUGCAUCGAUCGCCACGCAUUGAACCCCCAGUAAGUGUAGACAAGCUCUUAGGGUUCAUGAAAGGUGGAGGAAGGGCAGCACUAGCAGGAACAGUGAUGACUUCCCCUCACAGUGCCCCUUACCCCACAUUGUGCCUUUCUCUUUGGGAAGUAAGUGGCUAGCUCAGUCUCCAUGCCCUGUCCGUCCACCUUUUUGCUGAGUUUGCUUCAUCCGGCCAGUGAAUGCCACACAUUAUGAAGCUCAUUAUGAAACCACACAUUGUAUGACACAGGCCUCCGUGCCGACAGGGGCAUAAGAUCCCACCCCACAUUGUUGCAUUAACACUCUCUGAAGAUGGCUUCAGGAUGUGGAAGGAAGGAAGGGGGCUGCAUUCCUGGUACUCCCUUGUUGGGGUUAUAGACCCCAUGCUGAUGAGGACGGGGCCAGAGAUCCUGGGUGCCAAGGCUAGCCCCAUCCCCUCAGCCCUGUCAACAAUGUAUGGUAGGGAGGGUGCCUUUAAAAAGGAGGAAACUAAACUGCAGACAGAUGGGCGCGGAGCAUGAUUGCCGUAAGCAGGAGACUGCUGGAGUGACUUCUCAAGCUACAGCCAUGAGAUCUUCACCCCAACCCUACAGACAGUGCAGUGAGCUCACACUCUAAGCCCGCUCAGCAGCCCCGCCAGAGAGAUCUCUCAAAACUCCUAUGCAGGUGGUAUCGUUGGCACUACUGUGGGCCCCCCACCCCCAACACCUUUGGGAGAUCCUGGGAAGGAGAUACCCUCCAAUGCAUCGGGGCAUUUGACUUUCCUUUUGAUUCCCCCAUCCAGAGAGACUUAAGAAAGCCUGCAAAGGGCAGGGCCCCCUUGUAAGUAGUAAGGAAGUAGGGUCUGUACUGGAGCCACCUGGGUGUGGUCAGGUUCUCCCACCAUCUGGGAGAAAAGCUUCAGGGGUCUCCCUUCCCUCUCUGGUAGGUGAAUGUGGGGCAGGGGUUAGAGAGGGUCAGGCAUCACCUUAUCUCUGCUUCCCAUCAGCCCAGCUAGCACAGGGGAGUGGGGGCAAAGGCAGAAUGGUGUGGCAGAAGCAUGCUGCACCUAGUAAAGGGGAAGGGGCAGAGGGCAUCCCUUACCCAGGUCUGACUCUUAAAGUCUCAAGCUAGCCCAUAAUGUUUAAAGCCAUAUUGUCAUGAGCCUCACUUUGGAAAUGAACAUAGCAAUAGAUCAGGCUGGUCCUCUCUCUUUCGGAUUAUGAAUGCUCUCUCCUGUUGGGGUGUGGAUAUAUGGAUGUCCUACUUUCAGUAGAAUUAGCCUGGUUUCUAACAAAUAAAUUGACUUU